AUGGCAAAUAAAGAAGAAGUAGCCAGAUUCUGUCGCACCCAAAUUUACAAGGACAUCGAACUCGCUCUUCACAACCUCCUCACUAAGAAGAGAGAUGCCAUCUCUCCACCUCACCCAUCGCCCGCUCAACACUACUACGCUGCCUUCAGUCGGCCGCCCAACUGUAGCUGGUCCGAUGAUAGCGAUCGAUAUGCGGAUCAAGAGUACGACUGUAAGCCCCCAUGUCCUAUACUCGCCAAGGACAUGGAGUUCAAGAUCUGCCAACGCGACCAUCCCGACGGCGAGGCGUGUGCAGAUAGGGUUUGUUUUAUCCCCAACGCCAGCGCGAGGAAGUACAUGCUGAGGUUCAUGGCAGAUCCGAGGCAAAAUCGAUCUCUCGAUGGUCUGGACCCUGUGGCUUACUGUCUGGUGAGGAAGUACGGCAGCAACAUACCCUCAAAGGACAUUGAGGCUUUCUCAAGCAUAGUGCGUAUGCUAUUCCUUGAUCUCCGUUAUGCGGAUCGUCAGAAUUGGGACCCUGAAGUUCACGGCGUCUUAAAUUGGAAGCAUCUGCCUUUUGAGACGUGGGUUAAAGAGUUCAUGACUGAGAUCCAUGGGGUUGAGUGGAGGAGAGAUAUGAAGGAGUACUUAUAG